GUGCGAAAUCGAAACCAGAACUACGCCUCCCAGAAGGCAGUGCGCAGGCGGAGUGAUGUCGUGGCGUUUGUGGGGCGCUGCUAGGCGCCGGCAGAGUUCUUAGCGGGCUCCCCUUCUCUGGCCGGGUGUCGCUGGAAGAGGUUUCAUCAGACACCCCCCUCCCUUCUCCUCUCCUCUCUCGCGCUCAGAGGGGGCAGCUCAGGGACCGCAGCGAUGAGGCGGGCCGGGCUGAGUGAAGGAACGGCUAGUGGCAAUUAUGGCUAUGCCAAUAGUGGAUACAGUGUCUAUGAGGAAGAAAAUGAAAGGUUAACUGAAAGCUUGCGCUCAAAAGUCACUGCCAUAAAAUCACUUUCUAUUGAAAUUGGAACAGAAGUUAAACAGCAAAAUAAAAUGCUAGCUGAAAUGGAUAAUGAUUUUGAUUCAACGGGUGGAUUUCUUGGUGCGACAAUGGGUAGACUAAAAACUCUUUCCAGAGGAAGCCAAACAAAACUUUUGUGCUACAUGAUGCUCUUUUCAUUGUUUGUCUUUUUUGUAAUUUACUGGAUUAUUAAAUUGAGGUGAUGCAAAUUCUCCAUUAUGACAUUUUAAUUCAUGGCACCAGACUUGUAGAAAGGUCUUUCUGAAAAACAGGAAACUCUUUUUUGUAUAAAUAUUAACACACCUGGGACUGUUCUAUGAAUUUCUUAGUAUUUAUCAGACUAGAAACCUUUCUGUUAAAUAAAUCCUUGUUUUCUAGGGUUCUUACAUUGAAUUUUGCUCAAGUUUGAGCACUCUAAAGACAAAAAUAGCUACUGGGGUGGUGCAGGAGGAGAUGUCUCAUUUUUUGUUUUUUUAACAUUGCAAAGGAACAAAAAGGGGAGUGUGUUCCUGUCCGGGAUAAAAUUUCCACUUUGCAAUUGCAGAUUUUUUUUUCCCUAUCAGAGUUACAGGCACUGUAAAAAGCAAUCUCAUUUAAAUUAGAUUUAAAUCUAGGCAUGAUCCAGGCAAAGUAGCCUCAUUGAGUUCAGUGGAAAAUUUAAGCAUGUGCUUUUAACUUUCUCAGUGAAAUUAAUGAAGGUUCUGGCUGGCUUGUGCCCACAGAGGCUUAUUCUUAGUUGCAGCUAGGAUUUGUCUUAACUUUGAAUUAACAAAAAUGAUUGAGAGGCAGAACUGCUACUGCUCAGUUCCUUAAACUGCGGGUUGAUUGCUUGUAGGGAGACAACACUCAAUCCAAUUUAGCAGAGGUUAUCAUGAAAGUAAGCUUUUGUUAGUGACCCCCCCCCCCCCUUUUCUGAAUCAGCAUUGGUCUUGUGCCAGAGUCCUGCAUUUGGUUCCUCUUGGUGAACCAAGAUGAUGUGCUUAGUGUUAGCAUAGUGAGGUUGGUUACUGUUUUGAUAGCACUAACAGGUAAUCCAGCUGAAAUGUGAGUAUAUAUCUAGGUUGGGGGAAAUGGCUGCAAUUGCUAAGGUGCAUUACUUUUUUUAGUUCAUUAAGAUUACUGCAUCAUUGAUGACCUUACAUUUAAUUUUUGAUUCAUAUAACUGUGAAAGCAUUUUUGAAAAUAGGGACCUAUAGUAUUACAGAUUUUAUACUAAAGAAUAUUUUGUGAUGCCAGAAAAAUACCAGAUGCCUUCUAAUUAGAAGCGCUACUAUACUUGUGUUGACCACUGGUAUCCUGUUAAGCCACAUGGAAUGUUUUUAUUCUGCAGGCAUUAAAACUAUUAUGCUGCUGUUAUACUAUAACACCAUCUUUCACAAUAUGAGGACUUACUGUCACACUCGGCUACAUUCUUUAAAUACUGUUUAAUGAAACAUGUCAGGAUUUGUACUUCUCAUCUCUUAUAGAAUAAAAACAUGUAUGGAAUCUU